CAGGCGGUCCGGGCCGGGACCCUCCGGUGCCUUCUCCUCCGGGACCUCCUCCGUCGGCGAGCCUGCGGGCGGACGCCCCUCGGCCAGGUCAGCCGUCACACCCCGAGACUGAUGCCCAGGCUGGACGACCACUUCUGGAGCUGCUCCGGUGCUCUGGGCGCCAGGCACCGAGGCCACCCGACAGCCCGAGCCGGCGGGCUGGCGGCCAAAGUGGGAGAGAUGCUCACGUCCUCCGUGUCCGGCCCCUCGCUGCUGGCGGCCCGCGGCGCCCCGGCCCCCGACCCCGCUGGCGGGCCUCGGGGCGCUGGCGUGGGGGCCCGCGGCCACAGCCCCGCCUGGCAUCGCCACCUGCUGCAGAGGAGCCUGGUGCUUUUCUCCGUGGGGGUCGUCCUCGCCCUGGUGCUCAACCUGCUGCAGGUGCAGCGGAACGUCACCCUGUUCCCCGAGGAGGUGAUCGCCACCACCUUCUCCUCGGCCUGGUGGGUUCCUCCCUGCUGUGGGACCGCGGCUGCGGUGGUCGGCUUGCUGUACCCCUGCAUCGACAGUCACCUGGGGGAACCCCACAAGUUCAAGAGGGAGUGGGCCAGCGUGAUGCGCUGCGUGGCGGUUUUCGUGGGCAUCAACCACGCCAGUGCCAAACUGGAUUUUGCCAACAACGUGCAGCUCUCCUUGACGUUGGCGGCCCUGUCCUUGGGCCUCUGGUGGACCUUUGACCGCUCGAGAAGUGGCCUUGGGCUUGGGAUCACCAUUGCCUUCCUCGCCACGCUCAUCACCCAGCUGCUGGUGUACAACGGCGUCUACCAGUACACGUCCCCGGACUUCCUCUACGUCCGCUCCUGGCUGCCCUGCAUAUUCUUCUCGGGAGGCGUGACCGUGGGGAACAUCGGACGGCAGCUGGCCAUGGGUGUCCCUGAAAAGCCGCACAGCGACUGAGUCCCGCGCGCUGCUUCCAAAGGACAGCCAGGCGUGGCCCCCCGAGCUCGGACUGACGGCGGUGUCUCUCCUCCGUGGCCCCCGGCGCGGGGCUGGCUCACGAGGGACUCCGGGGGCACCCCGCUAAGAUGGGCAGGUGCACAGGGCGGCUCAGCUGGAGAAGCCCCUCCGCUGCCCCGCGCUGCGUCGGCCCCCUGGCCCUGGGUCCCCGGCGUGGGCCGGCGGGCAGCUGACGCGGUUUCCGAGCGUCCGGUGCCAUCCACGUCAUAAACAGCAAGUGGCCAUAUUUCUAAGCCUUGAACUGAAGGCCCAAGUCCCAGCCCCUCUUUGGGGUUGUGCCCACAGCGGAGAGCUGGGCGGAGCUCGGCGGAGGCGAGUGCGAUAAGAUAGGAACGAAGUUUAUCCGAAAGAUUUUUAACAAAAGGACAGCAGAGGUGCAGGCAGCAGCCACCAUAGGAAACCCGUCGCCCACGUGGCCGCACGCCGUCGGGGUGCACCGCGGGCCCGGCAGCGAGGGGUCCGUGCUGGCGCCAGCACCCUGGUGGGCCGGGUCUGCCCGGGCCCCCGCAGCCCUCGGGGUCUGCAGUCCGUGACUGCCUGGACACGGGAGUGGGCCGCCCCUGCCUGAGCGCGGGUGUUUCUGCUGCACGGAGCGUCCACCGCACGGCACCGGCCACGGCGGACCCGGCGCGGGCGCCCCGGGUCAGGAACUUCAAGUGCAAUGUGUAUGAAAACCAAUCUGAGCCUUGUAUUCUCUUACAUAUUUAUUUUUUUUUUAAACGCGUGAGAUGUCAGAGAGAGGGUUCCCCAUCCAUUUCAGCCCUGCAUGGAGGCAGAAUUCAGCAAUAAUUCCUUGUCGUCCGGCCCCCCCACCCCCCGAGCCCUUGUCCUUGCAAAGACCCCCGGUCAGUGGGUUUUAGUGGACACAGUUUGACUUACAAAUUCAGCUUUUUUUUUUUUUUUGUACUUUGAAAUUUAAAUGUUUUCGGUUUAAAUUCUGGGAAAGCAGCUUGAUGGAAAGGCUCCUGAGAUGUCAGCUGGUAGCCAGCGGACGGACGGACGGACAGGCCUCCCUGCCUGCGGCUGUGGACAGGGACUUCGGCGUCCCAGACGAUCCCCGUCGCGGUGGUUUUGUUUGUGGGGAGAUUUUCUUACAGCAAACUCUAUGUCCCUGUGGCUAACUGGCUUUAGGAGAAUUUCUCCUCGUUGAAGGGAAAGUGAGACCGUUCUGAACUUCGCGGUGGCCCCCCGACGCCUUCCGAACACGAGUGAUUCCACACCGUGGGAAGGUCUUGGAGACUCCAGCGUUUCGCGGGAAACUGGGAGGUAUUGGCUGAAAGCAAGAGUCGAAUCUUUAUAAAUACACGUGAGGAUGGGCAGACAGUUUUGUUUUUUGUUGUUCUCUGUUCAACGGGAAGCAAAUCUGUCUCUCUUAGAAACAAUGUCGCCAAGGGGAACCUGGAGACUCCCUCUGCCCACACGGCCGAGGUGGGAACCCAGGAUCCAGGUCUGGGGAGACGGAACCGCGUCAGUACCGCGCGGGCGCCAGUGGGGCGGCCAGGAAGGUUCACGCUCAUGCUCCGUGUUCAUGGUGUUCUUUUCCGUCUUCUUAUUUUAUUUUAUUUUUAUUUCUAUUAAAGGUUCAAAACCA